UCCUUUUUCGCCUUUGACAUUCUGGACAAACCUGAAGCGGUGAAGGCUUUGCAGGAUAUCAACCCCAACACUAAAGUGCACUACACGAAAUUUGACAUCACCAACAAGGAAUCGAUCAAGAGCGCUCUUUCCGAUGUGGUAUCUAAAGUGCAAUACAUCGACGUAUUAGUCAACGGAGCUGGCAUCUUGGCUGACCCCGCCGUUGAGUUGACUAUAAAUGUCAACUUGAUUGGUCUAAUCAAUACCACCUUUGAGGCUUUGCCUUACAUGGAUAAAAAUCAAAAGGGGCGAGGUGGAGUUAUUGUGAAUAUCGCCUCUGUAUUGGGUCUAGAACCAUGUCCACCAGCGGCUGUGUACUGUGCUUCCAAAUUUGGCGUUGUGGGUUUCUCGCGCUCUCUAGGGCAUCCCGACUACUAUGAACACACUGGCGUUGCAGUGAGCACAUUCUGUCCCGGUUUGACUGACACGCCAUUGAAGAACAAUCUCUCCACCAAAUAUACCUUUGAUUAUUCUAAAGCGAUUGGCGCUAAAUUCGAUAAUAGCAAAACCCAGACACCCGAAAUUUGUGGAGCACACUUGGCUCAAGUGGUAGAUUUGCAGGAUAAUGGUGGGAUCUACAUUAGCAACCAGGGUACACUGACCAAGGUGAAACCAAGUGUCUACUGGGAACCUACUUAUUAAAGACUUGCACAAUAAAUAUGUAGAUAGGUUUUAGUAAACAUUUAUAUAUAUUUAUUAAAAAUUACUAAUGGAAUGAAUGUACAUAAUUGUGCUCUAAUUAACAAUAAAUAAAUAAAUUUAAAAACUUGUAAGUUUUUAUUAAAAACGAAAAGCA